AGUAAAAGCGGAUCUCCAACCCACCAUCCAAAUAAUAAAAAUAACAGCUGAAUUAAUUACUUCACUUCGUAACUUCCUCCGUUUUAGCAUCGUCGGAAAUAGAAAGAGGAAAAAGAGGAACGAGUGGAUCGAAUCCUGCCUCCAGGUUUGAGGGAGAGAUGGAUGCGGGAUUUCAGCCCUCGGACACCGACAUGGUGGAGGCAGGGCCGCCACCCCAGAAGGCGCCGGCAGCGGCAGCGGCAGCGCCACCUUCAACCGGGCUGGAGAGCCUUCAGGCGACGCUGAGCCACGGCGGGCGCUUCAUCCAGUACAAUAUCUUCGGGAACAUUUUCGAGGUGACGUCCAAAUACAAGCCCCCCAUCAUGCCCAUCGGAAAGGGCGCCUACGGGAUCGUCUGGUACUCUCCUCUCUGUUCGGAUUCCUCCGCUUUGAAUUCGGAGACAGGAGAGCAAGUCGCGAUCAAGAAGAUCGCCAACGCUUUCGAUAACAAGAUCGACGCAAAGAGGACGCUCCGUGAGAUAAAGCUUCUUCGGCACAUGGAUCAUGAAAAUGUUAUUGCUAUCAGAGAUAUAAUACCACCUGCUGUGUGGGAUAUGUACAAUGAUGUCUACAUUGCAUAUGAAUUAAUGGAUACUGAUCUCCAUCAAAUUAUUCGCUCAAAUCAAGCUUUGUCUGAGGAGCAUUGUCAGUAUUUCCUUUAUCAGCUCCUUCGUGGAUUAAAAUAUAUACAUUCAGCGAAUGUUCUUCACAGAGACUUAAAACCAAGCAACCUCCUCUUAAAUGCUAAUUGCGAUUUAAAGAUUUGUGACUUUGGACUUGCUCGUACUACCUCAGAAACUGAUUUCAUGACAGAGUAUGUUGUAACAAGAUGGUAUCGGGCACCAGAGCUGUUAUUGAAUUCUUCGGAGUAUACUGCAGCAAUUGAUGUGUGGUCUGUUGGCUGCAUUUUUAUGGAACUGAUGGACCGGAAACCUUUAUUUCCAGGAAGGGACCAUGUGCACCAGCUACGUUUGCUAAUGGAGCUUAUAGGCACUCCAGAUGAGGCUGAUUUGGAUUUUGUGAAUGAAAAUGCAAGAAGAUAUAUUCGCCAACUUCCUCGUCAUGCACGACAAUCUUUCCCUGGAAGGUUUCCCCACGUCCACCCUUUAGCUAUUGAUCUUAUUGAAAAGAUGUUAACAUUUGAUCCUAGACAGAGAAUAACUGUUGAAGAUGCACUUGCACAUCCCUAUUUGGCAUCUUUACAUGACAUUAGUGACGAACCGGUCUGCAUGAUGCCCUUCAGCUUUGAUUUUGAGCAGCAUGCUCUCUCAGAAGAACAAAUGAAAGAGCUAAUCUACCAGGAAGCUGUCGCAUUCAACCCCGAGUACCAACAAUAAGAGUUUCCACUAUGCUUUUUGUGGAACCUUUGAUCAGUGCAAUUCAUGUGGUUUUUGCAUGCAAAUGUUACUGAUUCCUCCAUGUAUAUAUGCUUCACCUGAGAGAUUUUGUUCUUUUUGGGUAGCUGUUAUCGGAAAGGCGGGGACGUGGAGUAUGGAUAUUUAAGGGCAAUUGUGUGGAUGCUGGUGCGUCUGUAUUAUACUUAUUUUUGGUUAUUUAAAUCUGACUUCUUUUAA